CUCACGUGACCAGACAACUCACAUGAUUGUUUAGUUCGAGCCCAGACAGCACGCGCGCAAGGUGUCGAAAACAGCGGUUCCGACGAAAUGGCGGACACGUAUGAGACGAAUGAAUUUCUGUUGUAUUCUGCAGAAAAUGGCUUAGUUGAAGGCGUUAAGACGGCUUUGAAAGCAGGUGCAGACAUUGACUACGAUCAUGUGGACUGUGACGCCUCCAGCACUGGUUCGGCGUUGAACCUUGCUUGCCUCUUCGGACACGUCGACGUAGUCCAACUACUGCUCCGCAAGGGGGCGUCUUUGGUGAAGAGAACAAUGCAUACAUUUACUCCCCUCCAUUCAGCAGUGAUGCAUGGGAAUACAGAAGUAGUGGACAUACUGGUGCAGCAUGGUGCAACAUUAGACUCACGGGACGGUUUCCAGUUAACGCCACUCAUGGUUGCAUGUCGUCACAAUCAUGUCGACACAGUCCGGCGACUGAUUGAACUUGGAGCAAGGCCUGAUUUCAUUACCAACGAUUAUAUGGCCCAGAGAUGGGGAAGCCUUGACUGUGGCGAGAGUUUGAGGCUUGUGCAAGCGGCGGUGAAGUCCAGGCUGUUGAGAUGCUGCAACCCCAAGUGUGGCAAACCAGGCUACAGGAAAACCGGAACCCUGAAGCUGUGUUCUCAGUGCAAGCUGACCCGCUACUGCAGCCGUGACUGUCAGAUACAACACUGGUCUGUCGGACACAAGAAGUGCUGUGGGCAUGAUGCCUACACCGACGAAGGACCAAACCCCAACGAAAAACUCGAAUCACAUCCUAGCACAUGUGCAUGCAAGCUAGAGUUACUCUAAGCAUUAUUACGACUUUGUAUCAUGGCGUAUCAGUCCACACAGUGUACUGUUAAGCACAUCGUGCCAAUGUGGCAAUGUAGCAUGUUGCCAAGCUGUACAUUGUAUUUAUUAUGGAUAUGAUGAUUGUUGUUUGUGUAUAUAUAAGAUAGUGAUGUGUUAGUUAUUUUCACACACAUAUUUUGUGCCAAGUCUUUUUAUUCACAUAUGCACUCUGAUUGAAAUGUCACAUGGUUCCAUCGAUACUUCAAUUUGGUUUGUCUUAUAGCAGAAGUUUAAAGAAGUUAUUAAAUUUGGAGUCAUAAUGCAAUCGUACAGCGCCUCCAUUUUCUUUCGUAUCUGUUAGAUCAAAUAGACCAAUGAGAAUUUGACUGUCGCAAUAUAAUUGUCACAUAUACGUUCCAUAUUCUCCCUUGCCUCGAUUGUGCAUGUUUGAUAACGUGACAUUCCCUACUGAAUGUGGUGAUGUGAAUGUAAAAAGAUAAUAAAGUGUUACUGUUCAGCUAUCUGUUGUUCUAUAUAAAUAAACGCAACAAAAUGAACAAG